CAGAUCUUCUCCUGCCGUCGCCAUUUUGCUUUAGUCUAUAUGCGUCUGUCAACGAUCUGGAGCCGCGACUUUCCUCUAUUUCACGUUUUUAAACUUUUUUUUAAAAUUCCAACCUGGUAAUUAACGUCGUCUACACAUUUUUUUUUACAUUAUAUAUCUUUGGCUGUGAUAGCAUAAAAGAGGCAGUAAUUCCUGUACACUCAGCCGUUUAGCAUUGAGCUAACAUAAGGUCCGGACGGCUCGGUAGGCCUCUGUAAUGUGAAGUGUAUCAAAAUAUCCUUUAAUAUGUCCACUGCUGAGAAUGUUAUAUACAUGUGGUAUUUUUAAAACAUACUAGAGUUUAUUAAGCUAACUAUUAAUCCAGAAGGACUCGUUCUAGUGAUUUAUUUCCGUCUCUGCUGGAAGUCGCUCGUAGCUUUGGGCCACUUUUUAUGAACUAACAGUAAGUAUGGGACUGUCUUCUUCUCUGUCUGGGCUCUUAAACUUUGGAUAUACACACAGUUUAAUGGUGGUACACUCUAAGACAACAGCUGGAGAAGUAUUUGCUGUAGCUGAUGACUUUAUAAGUCAUUAUUGUAGUGAAGGUGUCUCAGAGCACACACCUUUUGGUACAUGAAACACAGCUGUUUAGGCCUUGUUGUCUGGAUUUUAAAAAAAAAAAUCCCAGCCCUCACAGUCUGUUUAGUACCUGAUAUGUAUAGAUAUGGGUUGAUUACAGUCAGUAUGAUGCUUUAACCCAGUAACAGUCUCCCUGGAGCUACUCCUGAGACCAUGUUUGUGUCAUGUUUUACCUGUCUGUAGAAAUGUCUGUGCUGUACCUGUGCUGUCUGUCUCUUAAUAACCUUUUUCAGUUCCCCGGGGAGUGUUUUUGAUUGAUUUAUAGGUUUAAAACCAUCCUCUGGGCACUCUUUGGUUGGGGAUCCCUGGAUAUGGAUAGCUUUCCCCCAUGUCCUCCGCUGGCAGAAGAUGUUUUUUUUUCUCUUCAGCGUUGGUAAUCAACAGCUGAAGCUCCUAGAAGCUUGAAUUUCCUGGCCGUUCUCCACUGCUCAGUGUCAUGAAGUGUGCCAAAUGCUGCCACGCUCAGGAAGAAGCAGAGGAUGUUUUUUCCCACCCACCAUCCCACCUCUCUCCACGCCAAUGUUAGCAAUUUUUCCCCCAUUUUUUUCUUGUCUGGCUGUUUAUGUCGCCCUAUUUAGUUCAUCCAUUAGCCACUCCAAUUAAUUGUAUUAAAAAAAAUCCCAGAAGGACUAUUACACCCACCAUCGGUAAUGUUUAGCAGUCUGCCGGAGAUAAAGAUGUCUCAGAGAGUCUCAGAAAAGGGAUGUCGUAGGAAGACGAGUGUCUCUGGGCGAGCCACCCCACUUUUCCUCUUAUCUCACGGAUCAAGUGUUCCUUCAGGACUCCAUACCACCGCGGAGACCCACCAGCAGCACUGUCAGGAGGGACGCCGCUGCUCAGACACUUCAGGGAGAGUCCUGUUGACCCUCAAGAGAACCAGCUGCUGGGUUUAAAGGUUGAACCUGCCGCCAUUUAAGACGCGUCCCGACAAUACUAUGACCAACCAUGGAGAUGACUGCUACUUCUUCUACUACUCCACCUGCACUAAAGGAGAAAGCUGCCCGUUCAGACACUGUGAGGCUGCUAUGGGCAAUGAGACCGUCUGCAGCCUCUGGCAGGAACGACGCUGCUUCCGUACCGUCUGCAAGUUUCGCCACAUGGAGAUCACGAAAAACCGGAAGGAGAUCCACUGUUACUGGGAGAACCAGCCGGCGGGAUGCCAGAAGCCACACUGUGCCUUCUUCCAUGAAAAGCCCCGCUUCGUAGAAGGCACGUUUGUCCCCCCUGAUAAAAAUCUGGUCAAAGAUGAGGAACAGCAGCAUGAGGAACCAGUCCCUCCACCAGCCGCUCCUCUUCACACCACCACCAACCCUCAGCUGAGAGGCGUCAUCAAGACAGAAAGCCAGGAGCCGGUACCGAGCCCCACCCACCCACCAGUGGUGAUCAAUCCAGCAGACGACGACGAGGAUGAAGAUGACCAGUUCUCAGAGGAGGGAGAGGACAGCAAGAUUGGGCCUUCUCCUAGAAAGUUACUGAAAUCAGGGGAUUCUCUGAACUUUGGAGUGAGCACCUUGGAGGAGAUCCUGCUGAGGAAGGCCCUGAAGGCCAGCAUGAGGAGAGCCGGUUAUCCAGUCCAGAGUGGAGAAACGUCUGCCAACGGAGAGAAAGAAAACAUCCAGUCCCUUUUUCAGCCAGCCCUCUUGGGCUCCAGAGAUGACCCUCUCGUCUUUGAAGAAGCUGGGAGACCGAGAACCAGUGUGGCUGAAAGGCUUGGAAGAAGGAUUCCUCACACAGGUGUUCCGUUGAAAAGGAGCCUCGCUGAGCGUCUGGGCCACGUUGUGGAUGCAGGAGAACCGUCAGUGGCCGGUCAGAAAGCUUUGAAACCUAUAAAGGAAAGACUCGGGUUGCUCUCUGAUGCUGCUGCUCCCACUCAGCCGGCUGAGACAAGUGUGACGUCAAAGAAGUUUCCUGAGCAGAUCCGCAUCAAAACUCUGGAGGAGAUCAAACAGGAGAAAGCAGCAAAGUCUCAGAGCCACAAAGACGCAUCUUCAGCCACGCCUCCAGAGGUCACCAUGACCAAAACCAAGGGCAUCAAGCGAGCUAUCACUGUAACAGACGCCUCGGUUGGCCAGGUCAAAAUGUUUUCUGAGAUCCUUCAGGCCAAGAAAAGAAUGCAUGAGAAGGAACAGGAGCCGAAGACCAGGCUCCUGGUGGAGGAGGCUUCAGGAGAGAGCCACGGAGAGUCAGAGACAGCUGAUGGAGAGGUUAGAGUGAAGACCCUGGAGGAGAUCCGGAGGGAGAAGGCAGCAAGGAUUCAGGCUCAGCAGACAGCAGUGUCUGAAAACAAGAAGAGCUCUGAUACCGAAGACAGUGGAGCUAAGAAACCCCGUCUGCUGCGCAUCAAGAAGCUGACUCCCCAGAUCACACAUGAGAAGAACACUAAAGUGUCAGAGAAGCCUCUGAAGCCUCCAGCUGCUGUUCCUGAGACCAGCAACAACGUCAAGGUGAAGACCUUUGAGGAGAUCAUGCGGGAGAAACACCUUCGAAAGCAAGAAAUUGAGGAGCAGGCCAAGAGCUCAGCUGAAGCAGAGGCUUCUCCAAAGCAGACUUCCAGUGAUCCCCAGAGGAGGAAGCUUCCAGCUAAGAUCAGUGUGACAUCAUCAGGCCCUUCCUCACCUUCCCUCUCCCCGGCCACCCAAAGAGUUCCUGUCCGUAAACUGAUUCCUCUCAGGUCCAGGGCGGCUUCACACCUGAACAACACAGCUGCUCCUGAUGAAUCAGGCUCUGCUGUUCCAGCUGUGUCCUCAGCUCCAAGCUCCAACGAAGUCCCACACACAAACACCAGGGUCUUCUCCGUGCCGUCAGCAGCCAAGCAGGCCCGAGCAGCUCCUCAGGGACCUGCUGCAGAAACCUCCACUGCUGAUGAAGACAUCAACAAUGAUCAGAAGAAGUCCCCAGAGCAUCCUGUAGACACCAAAGUGAGGCCCAAGCUGAAUGUGAAACCGUCGGUAAUGAAGCCUGCAGUGCAGCUGAAGCCCGGCCAGAAGAGGAGAGGAGCAGCACGUUCUGCUGUAGCUGCUGUUAAACCUCUGAACAGCGCCUCCGCUGUUAGUCCGGAGCCACUGCAGGAGACGACAUGCAGAGACAGACAGGUGUCUCCAUCCUUCAGUGCUGAGGCUCAGCUGAGCUCUUCAGUGUCUCAGAGUCCUGCAAAGCCACCGGAUUUUGGCUCCAGCUCCAGCCCCCUGAGAGAGGAGCUUCAGACGGUUCCUGUCUUCAGACAGAGCUCAGACCAAGAAGCCAAAGCAGCUGUUAAUUUAGCUGCUGCUGCCAGAGAGGCCUGUACAGUCCCCCAGAGCCCCGUCCUGAAGGCUCCUCAGUCCAAACCACGCAGACCGAGUGCAGCAGCGUCCCGCGCUGCCUCCACCUCCGCCAUGGUCGACAUUGAGGAGCUGAUGAACGAGUUCACAGACGACCACCUGGGGGAUGACAUGGACCCCAGCAUCGGAGAGGACGACCUCCUGCAGGAGCUGUCAGAGAUGAUUGACAGCUGAGGCCUGCGUCUCCUGCAGAACCUCGUGUGACUCUACACAUCAGAGCAUUUCACUCAGUUCUUUUCUGAAAUGUCUGACUUAUUUUAAGCUUUGGUUUUGUAUUUGUUGCUCUGUAUUUUAAAUGUCUUCUCUCCUGACUCCGUUCUUUCAUUUCCUGCCCAUGUGAUCGUCUGAAGUUCUUCUGUAGGACUGCCGCUGUCCUUCCAACAUCUGCUUAGUCUUAGUCCAACUUUUCAGGACAUUAAAACACUGACAGAAGCUCUGAUGCUGGAAUGUUCAGAUGACCUCAGCUUGUCAGGACUCCCUGGAUAAUGUCAAUGUUGGGCAGUGUUUUAGAGAGAAGACAUUUCUGUGUACUGUGUAUGCAAAGGGAAGCUGAUCUACAAAUAAUAGCUCUGUGCACUUCCAGCAGGCUGACUCCCACGUUUUGAUUCUCUGAGUGGACGCUCAGCUCGUUCCCAGAUGAAGACCGUUUUCCUUAAACCCGUCAGAGGACUUUUUAGUCGACUUGCUGUUUGUUUCAUCCAUCAGGCACAUCCCCCUCACUGGUUUUCUUCUCAUGUUCUGAAGGACAGCUUCUGCCUCAGACUGUCCUCCACUAUAAAUGUUUAUUUUUAAUCGCUGCGACUCGUCUGGGACUGAAGUCCUCCAGUCUUUAUUAACGACCACCUCAGGGACUGUUUCUGAUGUUUCUAUGUUCUUCCUAGGAUUAAAACAGUUUGUUUUCAGCAGAGCUGUCUUCAGUUGAUGUUUUUCUCUGUUAGUCUUGGUUUAUGAGUGUCGUCUGUUUCUGCUCUGUCCUCAACCUUCUCCCUGAGCUGUUAGCAGUGACUGUACAGAUUCCUGUGUAAAUAAAGAUGCUUUUAAUGACCA